AUGGAAAUAGCAAAAUCAUUAUUCGGCGAUCGAAAUCAUGAUGGAUAUGUGGGCAGAAAUGACUAUCACAAAAAACUUGAAGCAGUAGUAUCAGAAGAUGAAGGAAACUGUGAAGACAAAGAUACAGAUAAAAAUUCAGAUUCAAAUUCUGAGAGACUUGAAAUGCUUGUCACUCCUGGAGGACCUUUUUCUGCCUUAAUUAAAUCUAUGCUAUCUGAAGAAAUUAUUUCCAAAUUGAGUCAAGGAAAUGAGGAACAUUUAGCUGACACAAAUUUUGAUGAGUUUGGUUUCAAAGUUGAAAAAAAAGAAAAAGUUGAAAGAACCGAUAAUAAUAUAUUGGAUUCGUCUUUUGCAGAAGACCCUCAGCACAGAUUAAAGUGGAUAGCACAUUUAGAAUUUAGUAAUAACAAAGAAGAAUUAACAUGGAAUUUAUUGGAUUCCAAGUUAUCAAAAACGGAAAAAUUGAGAUCAUUAAUACAAGAGGGAGUACCACAUUCACUUAGACCUCAAAUAUGGAUGAGAUUGUCUGGUGCUCUUCAAAAGAAAGAAGCAUCAGAAAUUAACUAUAAGGAAAUUGUUAAACUAUCAACCAAUGAUACACUAACUACUUCAAAACUAAUCGAAAAAGACUUAUUACGAACUCUUCCAGGAAAUAUAUGCUUUAGUCACAAUACAAGCACUGGAAUAUCUAGAUUAAGAAGAAUUCUUAGAGCUUUAGCUUGGCUUUAUCCAGAUAUAGGUUACUGCCAAGGUACUGGAGUUAUUGCUGCUUCACUGCUUCUUAUUGUAGAAGAAGAGGAUGCUUUUUGGUUAAUGGCAACAAUUGUUGAAGAUCUUUUACCUGCUUCUUAUUAUUCAUCUACCUUGCUUGGAAUACAAGCUGAUCAAAAAGUUUUAAUAUCAUUAAUAUCUAAUUACUUGCCUGAUUUAGAUGUUAAGCUAAAGGAACAUGAUAUAGAAUUAAGUUUAAUUACUUUGCAUUGGUUUUUAACAUUAUUCGCAUCGGUUAUACACAUAAAAAUAUUGUUGAGGAUUUGGGAUUUAUUUUUUUUCGAUGGGUCAAUUAUUCUUUUUCAAAUUACAUUAGGGAUGCUUAAAUUAAAAGAACCUGAAUUGAUUCAAUCUGAAAAUUCAGCUCAAAUUUUUAAUUUACUCUCGGAUAUUCCUGGAGAAAUAGAUGAUGUUGAACUUUUACUUAAAACAUCUCUUGCAUUAACAUCAAGUCUUAAUAACAACAUAAUUGAAACUCAUCGAAGGAGACAUUUAGCUUAUUUAAUGGCUGACCAAGGAAGUUUGGUUGGGAAUCCAGAAGGUGCUGCUAACCUUCCAAAACAGCAUUUAAAUAGACGUCAAGUCAAAAAGUCUAAGUCAAUGAUUCAUCUUUUACUUUUUGGCGAAGAGUCUCAAGACGCAGAUAUUAAAUCGAAAAACAUCAAACAAACGGAGAUAUUGGUUGAUUUGAAAGACGCCAUUUUGCAAGUUGGUCAUCAUUUUAAAUCCAUCGACCCAAAAUUUAAUAAAGUUAUUUUGAUAGCAGAUUACAGCAUGGAAUCUCACGCUUUAGAUCAUGAAAAUUACGUUAAUGUUUCUAGAACGAGAAAGCGAAGAGCCAAAGCGCUUUUGGAUUUUGAACGACACGACGAUGAUGAAUUGGGUUUUAGAAAAAAUGAUAUUAUAACUAUCAUCAGUCAAAAAGAUGAACACUGUUGGAUUGGUGAAUUAAACGGUUUAAGAGGUUGGUUUCCCGCCAAAUUUGUUGAAUUAUUGGACGAGAGGAGUAAACAGUAUUCUUUGGCGGGUGAUGAUAGCGUGUCAGAAACCGUUACAGAUCUUGUCCGAGGAACUCUUUGUCCGGUUAUCAAACAAGUACUCGAACACGGAAUGAAAAGACCUAGUUUUCUCGGUGGACCUUGUCACCCGUGGCUUUUCAUAGAAGAAGCUGCGACAAAAGAAGUCGAACGUGAUUUCAAUUCGGUGUACAGCAGGCUUGUCUUAUGCAAAACAUACAGAUUAGACGAAGAUGGAAAAGUUUUAACUCCAGAAGAGCUUUUAUACAGAUGCGUCCAAGCUACUAACCUCAGUCACGACAAUGCUCAUGCACAAAUGGACGUCAAACUACGAUCUCUCAUUUGUUUGGGAUUAAACGAACAAGUUUUACACUUAUGGUUGGAAGUAUUAUGUUCGUGUUUCGAAGUCGUUCAAAAAUGGUAUCAUCCUUGGAGCUUUAUUAACAGUCCUGGAUGGGUACAAAUCAAAUGCGAAUUCCGAGUAUUAUCACAAUUUGCAUUUAAUCUUAAUCCCGAUUGGGAAUUGCCGCCAUCAAAAGAACAAUCACAACCUUUAAAAGAUGGCGUUCGUGAUAUGUUAGUCAAACAUCAUUUAUUCAGUUGGGAUUUGUAA